AUGACUUGUACCACAGACUUUGUGUCUUUAGGUACAGCUAAUGUAUAGCUCCUGUGUCUUACACUCGCUGAGACUUUGUGUCUUUAGGUGAUAGCUACUGGUCAUAUCUCCACUGCACGAUAUUGUCUGUGACAGUUGAUUCAAUGAAUACAAGCUCUGGAAGUCAGGUCAUGUGUUCAAUUCAUGCUGCUGCCAAGGUGUUGUCUUUCGAUCUGCUCUUUGAGCUUUCCAAGUACGAGCUGUUGCAUGAUGCCUUCCUUCCUUCCCAAGACUCACUGGCAUAUGUGUCCUACUCUGUGCAACCCUUGGAACAUAUAAUUAAGCAUAGUCCUGUUUUAUUCAUCCGUUCACAGUUUACACCAUGUCUCUGCGCUGCAGAGCAAAUGAAUCAGUGAUCGAA